AUGUAUGCCUUUAAGAAACAGAUGAAGGGCGGGCCAGGGUUCUUCGACAACGUCGACCCCUUGGAUUUCGCAACCCGUCCGGUCGACAAGCCGCGGCCCAUGAAGGUGAUUGUGAUCGGAGCGGGCAUGUCGGGCAUCAUCGCCGGCAUCUUCUUCCCACGGGCCAUCGAGAACCUGACCUUGACCAUCUACGAGAAGAACGCCGACCUAGGGGGCACGUGGUUCGAGAACAACUACCCGGGCAUCGCGUGCGACAUUCCCUCGCACGCCUACAGUUUCACCUUCGAACACAAUCCAGAGUGGAGCAGCUACUAUGCCCCCGGCGCCGAGAUCGAGGCUUACCUCAAGCGCGUGGCCACCAAGUAUGACGCACUGAAAUACAUGAAGUUCAAGAAAGAGGUGGUGAGCGCCGAGUGGAACGACCACGAGGGCAAAUGGUACGUGAGGCUCAAGGAUGCAGAGACAGGACAGGAGUUUGUGGAUUCAGCCGACGUGGUUUGCUCUGCGGUCGGCAUCCUGAACCAAUGGAAGUGGCCGGCCAUCCCAGGACUACAAGACUUCAAGGGCGACAUGUUCCAUUCCGCCCAUUAUGAUCCCAGCUACGAUCUCACCGGCAAACGGGUGGCGUUGAUCGGAGGGGGGUCCAGCGGCAUCCAGAUCCUCCCUAAGAUCCAGCCCAAAGCGGCCCAUGUUGAUCAUUACAUGAAAGGCAAGACGUGGAUCCCACCAGCUGGGAUUGGUGGCGAAGGCCUCAUGGAAAGAAAUGGUGACCCAAUAACGCCCGCUGCGGAUCUCGAGCGGUUCAAGAAGAACCCAGAGGAGUACAUCGAGUACCGGAAACAGAUUGAAAACAUCCUCCAUCGGCCCGUCGAGGCCCUCUACCAAAACACCGAGGGGAUGCAGGUCCUCUGGGACUUUUGCAAGGAGCACAUGAAGACCAAAUUGGCCAAGAAACCAGAGAUCUACGAGCAGUUGGUGCCCGACUUCCCGCCGGGCUGUCGUCGCUUGACCCCCGGGCCGGGGUACCUCGAGGCGCUGGUCGAGGACAACGUGUCUUUCGUUUCAACCCCGAUCAAGCAGGUGUAUAGUGAUGGGAUUGAAACCGAUGACGGGACCAAGAGGCCUGUCGACACGAUAAUCUGCGCGACCGGCUUUGACGGUGUCUACAAGGUGCAUUUCCCGGUGAUUGGCAAGGGUGGUGCCCAACUCCGGGACCAAUGGGACGACAUUCCUGAAGCAUAUCUGUCCAUGGCACCCGAGAACAUGCCCAACUACUUCAUUUUCUUGGGCCCCAACGGCGGACCAGGGCUGGGGUCCGCGGUGCCGUUCUUGGAAAACGAGGCCAAGUACAUGAUCAAGUGCAUCCAAAAACUCCAGCGAGAGUGGUACAAGAGCAUGCUUCCCAAGAGAGAGGCCAUCAAAUCAUUCGGCAGAUAUGCCGAUCGGUACUUCAAGCCCACCAUCUUCGCGGCCAAUUGCCGCGCGUGGUGGAGACACAAGAACAGCCCCGAGGGCCGUCUCCUGGCCAUCUGGCCGGGCUCUCAACUGCACGGGAGUUUUGUGUUUGAAAACCCGCGCUGGGAGGACUUCGACUUCGAACUGCGCCCGGAGGUCAAGGGCGAGCUGUUUGAAUGGCUCGGCAACGGCCUCUCCCGGCGCCAGAUCGAGAUGGAGGGCACCACCGAGUAUCUCGACUCGUAUGUCCCUGUUGAGAAUCCGAUUGAGAUCGCCGAAGAGAAGAGAAGAAAGAAGGAGCAGCAAAAAUACGAAGAGGGGGAAAAAGAGAGGUUGAGAUUCGAGGAAGAAAAUGCCCGCAAUCGCGACUUGGAACAGGAGAGGGCCACCACGGCAGUCUUUUUGCAGCAGCAGGUGUCUGCGAAUUGA